AUGCAGGUCCUGGUACUCACGGACUUGGAGCUUUGCUUUUGGCCUGCUCCUGAGAGCCCACGCCACCAGUAUGCUCCCAAGACGAGGCGAGAGUUGCUGCCGGUUUCUUCAAAGCACUAUGCGUGCCCCACAUAUGAAGAGUUGGUGGAAGAUAGCAUCGCACCGGGCCGGUUCGACAUGAACAUGGUGGCCGGGGCAGAGUGGUUUAUGGCAGCAACGACGGAGCCGACAAUUCCGUCAUUUUGCCACUGUACAGUGUCAACAUAUUCCGUGCAUGAACAUCCAACAACGCCAGGAGGAUGGUACAACUACACGGCAAAUUCCACCUGCUCGCUUGCUGGGGUGACAAUUCCUUUCGCAGUUCCGUUGAUGGGCAUGCUGAGCGAGAAUGCCAGCACGCCCGGUUGGCUGAAGGAGACUUUUCGGCUUUGGAACCACACCGUAGGCCCGAGGGAUCCGAACUACGUGUUUCGGGCCGAGUACAGCAGAGGCAAAGUGAGAUCCUUCCAUACAUAUGCAUGCUUGGGGAGUGUUUUCGGCAAGCCGCUCUUCAGCUACAGCUAUUUGGUCCGGAAGGAUGACGAGAUCAUGUCCAAGCUCGACGAGCCAAGCAUCUUGGCGCAAGUGAAGGCUGCCAACGCAAAGGGUCUCAUGGAUUUGGACCACGUGCGAGCCAAACGCCGGGCUGCGCUAGCUGCGCAGAGGGUACUCAGGAGAGUGAGCCCUGCCCUGGCUCUGCAGUGCCAGCCGCCCUGCCCCGAGCAGCAGGUGCCCAUGGGGCUCAACGAGCGCAAGGCGGAUGAGUCGAAGGACGACAAGGACAAGGACAAGAAGGGUAGCGACAAGGAUGCAUCAAAGAGCAGCGACCAGGAGAACAAGAAGGAUUCAGCUGCAAAGGAUUCCGCAGCCGGAGGCAAGAGCACCAAGUACAAGGGCAAGAAGGGAAGAAGGCUGAAGACCAAGGCCAAGAAGCAGGGUGACAAGCACAAGAAGCAGUUCACCAAGGGCAAAGCUGGGAAGAGCGUCCCCGUGGGCGGCGGUGGCAACAGGAGAAAGAGGAAGGGCGCGCCCCACUACAGCGGCUACCUCUUUAAGGUGCUGAAACAGGUUCACCCGGAGCUUGCCAUCAGUAAGCGCGGCAUGAACAUCAUGAACAGCUUCAUGAACGAUGUCUUCGACAGGAUCGCCACUGAGUCUACGAAGCUUUUGCGAAUGAUGUCGAGGAGGACCUUGUCAGGAAGAGAGGUUCAGACGUCCGUGAGGCUGCUGCUCCCCGGGGAGCUUGCGAAGCACGCCGUGUCUGAGGGCACCAAGGCGGUGAACAAGUUCUUCAACCAGGAGGGCCAAGAUGAGAACCCCAACCUCUGA